AGCUGCUACAUGCUGUUCCCAUUGUCCUCAGAACCAGCUUAUUAUGGCAGCCUUGUGGUUUUUGUCCUGCCUGGCACUUGUCAGUGCCGCACAGAGUAAGUACCCACCUGCUUGUGGUCUUGGGCCUCGCUUGGGGUGGGGUGGGGUGGGGUGGGGAAGCAAACUAUUUCUGUGUCACCCAGGCUUAGAUCAUCAUCUUUCUUUUCUCUCUAGAAAAUAGAGCUGAUUCAGGGGGGUAGCCCAACCUGGCCCCAUCCAUAGGCCAGCGAAGGAGCACUUGCUUUGGUGUUUGCUUUCCUCUGCCCUCCUCCUUCCUUUUUCCUUUUCUAUCAUGGCUGUUAGAUUGUAAGCAUGCAGUCAGGGACAGCCUUGUUUUUUAAAAUAUAUGUGUAGCACUUAUAAAGUUUAAGGCACUUUAAAAGUGUUAAGUUAUCGUCUUCAUCUACCAGCGGUUCUCAACCAGUGGGUCCCCAGAUGUUGUUGGACUACAACUCCCAUCAUCCCUGAGCUCUGGCCUUGCUAGCUAGGGGUGAUGGGAGUUGUAGUUCAACAACAUCUGGGGACCCACAGGUUGAGAAAGGCUGCUAGACUGUCAUGGGGGAAUCAGCACAUUGCACAGCCCUCCUGAAACUAUACUGUUCCAGAAUAUAGGUAGAUGAACAAAAUGCUUGAAUGCCACAUUAAAACUCCCUACACUUAAAAACAAACACCAGGGAUAAGGUGAGGGUUCAGAUCUCUGUCCCUGACAUGUCUUCCUAACCUGCUAACUCUCUAUAGGUAGGGAUGAAUUCAUUUUUAAUAAUUACUCAUUUUUUUACUGCAUUUAUAACCCACACCUUUCUCCCUAUUUUCUCCUCAGAGCAGACCUGUGAGGUAGGUUAGGCUGAGAGUAGGUGACUGGCUGAAGUAAGCUUUACAGCUGAGCAGGGAUUCAAACCUUCAUUUCCCAGGUCCUAGUCUAACACUCUAACCAGUGCACCACACAGGCUACUACGAGAAGCAUUAGAUGAUGCCAUCCUCAGGUGCCUUUUGAAGUGAUACAGGCCCAGGGAGAUGUACCAGGUGGUCUGGUCCCCUCGUUUAUAGAGGACAGUCCUCUGUUUGAAGGGCUAUCAGGGGACAGUCCAGCAUAUCUGAAGGAUGGUCUGGUCCAAGUCCAGCUUAAAGAUAAAGAACCAUGAAGGAGGCCAGGGACUUGGUCAAUCCCAAUGUAGCAUCAUCUCCCAUUUAGGAGAAGUCACCGAGUAGGCCCUUUUGGAUGGCUCUCAUCACCGCACGCAUACAGACAAGCAAAGGACCGGCACACCAACCACAUAGGAGCUUGUCUCCGCUACGUUAUGUGCACAGAUGGACCUCUGGGCGGUCUUUGCCUUAACAAUUCCCUGUCCCUCAGCCUCCUUGCCAAAAGUCCUUACCUGAAGUCCUGAGCGCAAAGCACAGAACAUGGAAAAGCUCUCACUUCACCUCUUUCCUUGCUUCCAGGUUGCGGCGUCCCUUCAAUCCAGCCCGUCCUCACUGGCUACUCCCGCAUUGUCAACGGGGAGGAGGCAGUGCCUGGAUCAUGGCCCUGGCAGGUCUCCCUGCAGGUAAGAAUGCUUGGGAAGGUCUUGGGAGUCUGGUUCGUUUCAUCUGUUGGUUUGCACUUCCCCUACCAGUGAUUAACUGGAACUGAGAAUAAAAUGGUCAAAGGCCCUUUCUAUUGCCACUGCUGCCUGGCUCUGUUCCUGUUGGGUCUCUCACCACCUGCUUUCCUUGGCUUGCCUUGCAGGAGAAGAGCGGGUGGCAUUUCUGCGGUGGGUCCCUCGUCAGCGAGCGCUGGGUGGUGACUGCUGCCCACUGUGGGGUGACGUGAGUACCCUGCCUCCCUUUUCAUGUGGGGAUAUUUUUUUUAAUAGAUGAACAGGAAUCUUGGAGGUUGCAGGGUCAGGAUAUGCACAGCAAAGGCUAGCAGAUGUGUUAGCUACCUGUGGUCAGAGCAAGGGGCUGAAAUAUAUGUGAGAAUUGUAAUUUAAGGUCUUAUAUAUAUAAUAAAUGUUCAUAAAUGUACCAGCCAAGCACGUACAUAGAUAUGUGGACCACAUGUCUGGAGCAGCACAGGAAAACUGUCCUGAAACCAUUUUGACUCCCAAACUGACCAAAUGUUUUCUCUGCAAGGGGGUGAGGGAACCUUCCUGUUGUCUCAGGAAUUGGGUAAUCACCAUUUCAAAGGAAUGGCCAGACUACCAGGAAAGGCAAUCAGAUAAGGCAUUAUCAAAUAAACUGGCAGACAGGAAAAACAACAUCAUUCAAAUUUCUGUUGUAGACCACCUUUUCUGUGAUGUAUGUAUGAUGUAUGGAGGGGUGGUCUUGAGCUCCAGGGAUGGGAUUUAAAAUGUCUAAAAUAAGGGCAGGCACACCUUUGCUCUGGGUCCUCCUCUGUCCUCCUGCGUGUGAGGGGAUCACCCUGUUGCAACAGCUUUAAUAAAGAUCAGGCUUAUUCGCUGCUUUGCUUCUCAAUAUUCUCUGGUUGGCCUCUGUUAUUUUCCCCUACCGAUAGGGAACCCACUUAAGGACUCUAUACAGGCUCUUGGAUACCCCAUAAGGGAAGAAGGGCAGAUUUUGUUUACAACAGAAUCAUAGAACUAUAGAAUUGUAGAGUUGGAAGGGACCCCCAAGGGUCAUCUAGUUCAACCCCCUGCAAUGCAGGAAACGCAGCUCAAGAAUCCCUGACAAGAUGGCCAUGCAACCUCUGUUCCUUCAGCUGGGGCCAACUGACAGCUUUUGCUUGCUUUCCUCAGGACCUCCAACGUCGUGGUGCUUGGGGAACAUGACCGCAGCUCCUCUGCGGAGAAAAUACAGAAGUUGGCUGUCGAGAAGGUGGGUGAAGCAGCUGGAAGGCCUCUUCAGGGCUCCUCCAGAUAGCAUGUUUACUGGGUAUUCAUCCAGAUUUACUUGCGCAAGGUUUAGACAGAGGUCGGGCUUUGUUCAGUCUUUCAGGCACUUAAGUAAACGUUAACCAGCCCUUGAGGGUGUUCAGAAACCAGUACAGCCCAAAAAUCCAGUUAAGCAGUUUAUUGAAAAAGGAGUUACUUGUAAGAAAGAAGGAGGGUGGCAGGGGAGAGAGAACAAUAGCAAGAAUGCAGUUCAAACUUGAAAUAAAACACCAUACUAGAUUCUUGGUCCAACUAAUCCUCCACUUAAUCCAAUACUAACAAUGAAAAUUGGCGCUCUGUGGUCACCACUGGAGGAGGAACCUUCUGGCAUCUGCUGCAGGUUGGUGGCGGGUGUGUGUGGGUGUGUGUGUUUCAAGGGGAACAAACCUGAAGGCUGCAGCCCAUCUUCAAGGGCUUCUUAUUCAUUGGUUCAACAGGCAGACUCCUGUCAAUCAGAAGCCACGUUUGUCAGGUAGAGGGAAAAUUACACCUUUUGGGGAGUGGGGAAAUGGUUACUACCAGAUUUCCGCAUCUCCCUGCUAGAAAGACAUAAGCAGUAAUCUGUGGACAUGUCUGUCUUCUUUCCUUACCCAUCUUGGAGGUUGGGUGUUCGUAAAGAAUCAGUUACAAUACAUCAGGAGGUUCAAUGCUAUCACUCUAAAUAGAGUGAAAGGAUUUGAGCACUUUGUGUGUGUUAACUGGCUUGCCAGUUCCAGGAUGUUUGUGUCAUCGACUGUUUUUAUUAAUUAACACAAUUAUCACUGCCAGCCGUUAUCAGCCUGUCACCCUCCACUGACCUCACUGUUUACAACUCCUCUCCCCAAACCAUGUGUGUGUUUAGCCUUGUAGUCAACAAAGGCACACACCACAAUAUGUUUGUUAGUCUCUGGUCAGAUGCAUCACUGUACCCUGCUUGCAGCACCCACAAUGCCUCUCUCGCCCCCCAGGUCUUCACCCACCCAGAGUGGGACCCCGUUGCCAUCAACAACGACAUUGCCCUCAUCAAGCUGGCCACCCCUGCUGAGAUGACCGACACUGUGUCCCCCGUGUGCCUGACAGACACUGCUGACCACUUCAAGAGUGGAGACCUUUGUGCCACCUCUGGCUGGGGAAAGACACGCUACAACGGUGGGCCUGUCAGGGGUCUCACAGGGGAAGUGCUUGAGGGCAUAGGGAGGGAUAUAUAGGCAGUGGCGUAGCGUGGGGGGUGCAGGGGGGGCCGGCCGCACCGGGCACAUCUGGGGGCGCUCGCUCGCGCUCGCACUCGCAGCUCUCUGCCCCCUGCUAAAAUCCACGGGUUAGGGGGCGCAAAUUACUUGCCUUGCCCCGGGUGCUGACAACCCACGCUACGCCACUGUAUAUAGGGGGCCUCCUGCUUGCCUGGAUAGAGUGCAGAGGUGUGUGUGUAAAUUAGCCCACUGUACAAAAGUUAUAUCUUUGAUUUUUCCACAUUUGCCUUUGGCCCUCCCCUUCACUAUCAUGUGGCCCCCAGAAGGGAAUGUGGCCCUAUCUGUCUGACAAAAGCUCACCACACCUGCUUGAGCGCAGCUCCCCAAGGCAGCCAGUUCUCUGCCCAUGAGGUGAGCAGCCAUUUCAAACAUCAGUGGGAAAUCCAGUUCUUGACCCAAGCUUACUUCAAACCUGCCUUUCUAUCUUGUUAGAAGGGAGAAAGACUUCUGAGGCAGUUGGGAGCUGGAUGUUUUAGGCCAUGCAAGGAUGAUCCCCUCUGUGGGGGUACCUCACUGACAAAGUGCUCCUUGCCAAUGUGUGCUUCCCUGUUAGUGACAAGGCAGCUGCUUACAAACAGAGCGCUAAAUAACUCUGAACCAGGUUACCCGAAAAACCAUCUUCUUCACUGUGCUCAGCUAAUGGAACCCAGUUAGUUUUGAUUAUCGACUUGUGGUAACAUGGACUUGGGUUUUUCAGUGAUUUUAUAGUUUUAAAGUGCUUAGAAGCCACUUUGGCAUCUAAAUAAAUAAGCAAACGGUGUCUUAGCUACCAGGGUGCAGCAAAGCAAUGGCAGUUGCUGACUUGAGCCUCUUUCCUGCAGCUUUCACCACCCCCAACAAGCUGCAACAAACAGCCCUGCCCCUCCUGUCCAAUGAGGAGUGCAAGAAGUCCUGGGGCAGCAACAUCUCUGACCUGAUGAUCUGCGCUGGUGCAGCCGGAUCUUCUUCCUGCAUGGUGAGUGCUGCUUGACCCUCUCCCCACUCCCACAAAACCCCCAAGCACCGCAGGGAGGGGAAGCCGAUUAAUUAAGGAGCAAAUGGUCACUCAUCUCUCAGCUCCACUGAACAGGGAGCAGGAGCAGAAGUAGCAAGGAGGGAUGUGAUAAUUAAAAUUACAGUAGCUCUUAUAAAAGCUUCAGGACCACGUUGCCGGUUCACAUUGGACUGGUUGGCAUGGCAAUUUAUUUUUAUUGCAAAAACAAGAAUAGCCAGAAAUCAGGGUGUGGGGAGGAACCCGCAGGAGGAAGACACAGAAAAUACUGAAAAUCAACAAAGGGAGUGCCCAGGGGAUUGUGAUUCCAGAGAUUCCCUCAAACUGAAGGGAUACAUGGUAGGAAAAAGAAUAUUUGCCAACUCAUCUGUAGUUUCUCCAAGGCAUGUGAUAGGUGGGUGUGGGAGAACACAAAACUGCAAAACCGACGUUUAGAGAAUGUGGGGGGUGAACACCCCAAAAGAUUGCCUGGUUCCUUAAAAAAGAGUUAGAGGGAGAAUUAUGUCAGAAGGCCUCCCCACCCCAUCCCACCUGCCCAAAGUCUAAACUGCCUGUCUUCUGUUUGCAGGGUGAUUCUGGCGGACCCCUUGUGUGCCAGGAAGGCAAUGUCUGGAAGUUGGUGGGCAUUGUGUCUUGGGGCAGCAGCCGCUGCUCAACCACCACCCCUGCUGUGUAUGCCCGCGUCAGCCGCCUCCGUGCCUGGGCUGAUGAAACCAUGGCUAAUAACUGAGCUUCCAGUGUCACGGGAUGAGGGGGAUCAAUAAAGGCUGUUCCUCCUUUGAGACUCAUCUCAUGUCCUGUUCUUCCAUUGCUCCUGGCACAGAAUACAUUCUAAUCUCAGACCGGCACGGCCACACCAUUUGCAUAUGCCAGCAUCCACACACUGCCCCAAGCAGUGGCUCAAUAGCAUGGCUUCCCCUGUGGAAUAUGAUGCCAAGACCUUCCUAUGCCAGUGUUGCCCCAGAGAGAAAAAUUGAUGUGUUUGUGCGUGUGCAUAAGCGUGCAGGCUCUGUGAUGGGUCCAUCUGGGCGAGUGUGCACACGCUGGCAUGUGGCCCUUACAGAGGUGGCGAAUCUUCAGUCUGGCCCUCAAGCUGAAAAAGCUUUGCCAUCUGCGUGCCUUACAAAUGCCCUGUAGCUGCCUCAGAAAAGCUCCAUCAAGAGUUUGGACAAGCCAGAAAAGGCUAUACAAGGCUAUGCGUGGAGCCUCGUUUAGGAAGAGGUCUCAUGCUGAAUGAAGCUGAAUGUUGGAAAAUUGAGGACAGAUGAAAGGAAGUCCUUCUUCAUGCAGUGUAUUGUUAAACUGUGGAACUCCUCUACACAGGAGGCAGUGAUGGCCACCAACUUGGGUGGCCUUAAAAUAUAGGGGAAGCGCAGUCCAGUGCAGGUGUUCUACCACCCUCUCAAGUCUAUUCAGAAACACAGAAAGCUGUCUUACAUGGACUUAAGACCAUUGGGGGCUCCCCUCCAUCUCUGGUUGUGGGUCUCCAGUGCUGCAGACAGGGCUGUUUCUCAGUCCUGGGGAUUAAACCUGGAGCCUUCGGCAUGCAUACUGGGAUUCUACCAUCCAAGUCCCAGUACUGCACCCCCAGUGGCAGUUCUUGUGGGUGCUCCAGAGGGAUGCUGAGAAUGGGCAGCUGUGCAAUUUCUUAUUCUAGUUUGUUGGUUUUAAGGGCUAAGUUCCUGUCCUGUGGUCAGAUGGAAAUACAGUGGUUUUUACUAAUGGUGAUCAGUGGGUUUAUGUAUUUCCAGUAAGAUUCUUAGACAGCAACCUGGGGGGAAAGUCACACUUGUGCCGAGGCUGAGUUCACAGGCAGAGGUGGCUGCUGACCAAUCCAAAAACCCAAGCCAGACCUGUGCCACCCAGAAACAUAGGAAGCAGCCUUAUAGAGUCAAGACCAUUGCUCUCAUCUACAUUCAGUGACAGCGACAGGGUUUCAGGCAGGGUUUGCUCCCAGCCCAAUCUGGAGGUGCUCAGGAUUGAACACAGGACCUUUUGCAUGCAAAGGAGGGGCUCCGUCACUGAGCUACUGCCGGCGACUGUGGAAGGUUCUCUCAAGCCGCAAUCCUGUGGGAGUAAACUCCCUUGAAGUCAGUGAAACUUACUUGUGAGUAAACCUGCAUUGGGUUCCACAGGCCCCUUUGCUCCACUCAGGAACAGCAGAGAAGAGAACCACUUCCAGCUUUCCUUGCUAAGAUGUGAACAUAUCUUCCAAAACAUGGGGGUGUCAAUGGUGAUGUAUGAGCCCCCCCCCCAGUUUUUCUACAGCAUGUUUAGCUCUUUAACUGAUGGCAAAAAGACACCCACACCCACAGUGUUUUCCCAGCCAUUUAGUGGCUUAUCCACUCAAGUCAGUGGGAUUCUGGAAGGGGAAAGGGCAGGAGGAGGAGCUAGAAUUAGCUGCUGAUUAGGCAGUCAGUCAUCCAGGCUGCCAUUGCCCAGACAUUUGCCCACCACCCUGUUCUCCAGCCAGGCUCAGCCAAGCUAUUGAGUCAACCUGGGUCUUUGAAAGGAGCAAGGAAGCCAAGUUCAGGGUUGUUGUUUUCUAACCAUGAUUAAAUUUGCAGGUCAAAACAACAGGAUCUUAAGGGCAGGUCCCUACCCAGAAGGUACUAGGCCA